CCGGGCAUUGCAGCGUAUCAGUUUUGAAAACUCCUUGGAUAUAGUCAAUAGCAGUCAGUAAGUUAAAAAAUCAAAAUGGCAAGAUUAGCAGUCGUUGUGUUGUUCGUCGUGGCAGCUUUGUGGUCUACCGAAGCUAAAAUACUGAAGCGGUGCGACAUUGCGCGUGAGCUGAGGAGUCAAGGUUUCCCAGAGUCCCAGAUGAGAGAUUGGGUGUGCCUGGUGGAGAAUGAGAGUGCCGGCAACACUGGGAAGGUCUCCCCAACAAACAAGAAUGGGUCAAAGGACUACGGACUGUUCCAGAUCAACGACAAAUAUUGGUGCACUCGGUCGGGCCCCGCCGGCAAAGACUGCCACGUCACUUGCGCUGAGGUUAUCACCGACGACAUCACGAAGGCUUCGACCUGCGCUAAGAAGAUCUACAAACGCCAUGGCUUCAGGGCUUGGUAUGGCUGGAGGAACCACUGCCAAGGAUCCCUGCCUGACAUCAGCAACUGCUGGGUAUGCCUGAUAGAGAAUGAGAGUGGCGGCGACACAGGAAAGAUUACGACAAAAAAGAACGGGUUCAAGGACUACGGACUGUUCCAGAUCGACAGCAACUGGUGGUGCGCUCGUUCGAGCCCUGCCGCCCUUUGCCACAUCCCUUGCGCUGAGGUUAUCACCGACGACAUCACGAAGGCUUCGGACUGCGCCAAGCUGAUCUACAGACGCUUCGGUUUCUCGGCUUGGAGUGGCUGGAACCACCACUGCCAAGAAUCCCUGCCGGACAUCAAUAUAAAAAUGGCAAGAUUGGCAGUCGUUGUAGUGUUCGUCGUGGCAGCUUUGUGGUAUAGCGACGCUGUACGACUCAGGCGGUGCGAAAUUGUGCAAGAGCUGAGGACGCAAGGGUUCCCGGAGGCCCAGAUGAGGGAUUGGGUAUGCCUGAUAGAAAAUGAGAGUGGCGGCAACACAGGGAAGGUCUCCCCAGUGAACAAGAACGGGUCAAAGGACUACGGACUGUUCCAGAUCAACGACAACUACUGGUGCACUCGGUCGGGCCCCGCCGGCAAAGACUGCCACGUCACUUGCGCUGAGCUUACAACCGACGACAUCACGAAGGCUGCGACCUGCGCUAAAAAGAUUUACAAACGCCAUGGAUUCAGGGCUUGGUAUGGCUGGAAGAACCACUGCCAAGGAUCCCUGCCUGACAUCAGCAACUGCUAAGCAUUCAAAACAUGUGGCAUAAUGUGUCUUAUGUGUAGUAGUAAUAAGGUGCAACAAAAAUGUACUGUGCUGUACCAACUAAUUAGUUAGAA